AUGAUCCUCGAACAUUACCUGGUGGUUCAGCCAUGGUCCAAGGAUUUCCGCCUCACAGAGAAGCUCCCACCAAGCAUCACACCAUGGGUAAGCUUUCCUGCUCUACCUAUUCAAUACUACCACAAUCAGAUUUUGACGGUGAUAGGCAAUCUUUUCGGUAAAACCAUCCGAAUUGACCCAAACACUCUCACCGUUCAAAGAGGAAAGUUUGCUAGAAUGGCUAUCGAAAUCGACGUCUCAAAACCACUACGCACAAGAUUUUGGCUAGAUGGGCACUGGCAAGCUGUGGAAUAUGAAAAUCUACCUCAGUUGUGCUUCACCUGCGGCAGAAUCGGACAUCUAGAAGAGGCUUGCCCCACCAAGCAACUUCUAGAAAUAACCGCCGCCGCAUCCUCCCCACCGUCGACCCAGAACAUUACCCAACAUCACCAUGAACCAAAAGCUAACUACGGCCCUUGGAUGCAAGUCCAGAGACGCAAUUGGAGGAAUACCAAACCAGGUAAACAGUCCCCCGCCGCCGACAACACUCAUCGGGUGAGAACUCAGGCAAACGGCGGCAAUACGACGACUCCAAAUCUGAACCGACAAGGUAACAUCAAUAUUGUCAGAAGAGGCUCCAAUACCCAUGAUAACAACAAUAAACAAAGCUUUGCCUCUGGCCACGACAACGGUAUCAACAUGGAGGAAGAGCAGAGCAUUAAUAAAGGAAUGGGUGAUCUGACUAAGGAAGAAAUCGCAGCAAAAGAAAAGUUGAAGAUAGCUAAGCUUUCAGCCUCUUCGCUUGCCGCAGUAGAAGAUAAAAACAGGAGUAAAACACUAAAUGCGGCGCAGUAA